AGAAUACAUGCGAUUGCGGCUAUCGCACGUCGCACUUGUGGCGACAUUUGCUGCCUUUGUGUACUAUACUGAUGCACAAGCUCUAAACGACCCUAUUACCCAAUACAUCGAAGGCCGAUUAGGAAAUCGACGGAUUUUUUGGUGCCCUAGUGGAUAUGGGUAUUUGGCGUAUUGUCCGCAACCGACUGAUUGGGACAACUAUAACUGGUGCUGUACAUGGCCCUAUAUGGGAUCAUGGAAGCCAUCAUGUUGUCCGUUUGCUAUUCCAACAGGGGCUGUGGUGGCUAUCAUCAUCGCGGCUAUAGUGCUUCUUGCAGUGCUGAUCGGAUUGUCUUGUUGGUGCUGCUUUUGCUGUCCACUGUACAAACAACUAUACGAAUACGAAGAAGAUUAGAUGAAUUGCUGAAGUUUCCAUCAAAGCCUAUAUAUUCUAGUGCACUUGACGGCUGACAAAGUACUUUUGCGGUGCCAACAAGAUCUGAGCGUAAAUAUUGUCCAUAAACCCAAUCUAUCGAAUUUCGAUCGUUUUACGCGCAAAUAUUGUCAGCACACAGACAAAACAAACCAACCGCCAAAACUACUAGAUUAUAAUUACCCCCAAUGUCCCCCAUCUCCAUCUACCACAUCAGCCAUAUCGGAUGCUCUUCAGCUUCCCGAUGCUUACUUCUCGAGAUCUUCGAGCAUUUCCUCUUUUAGGAAAGCUUUUAUCUCUUUCAUGUGCUUCACUUCAUCUCACUUAAUCUAUCCAAAUGUACUUACUAUGACAGCAUUUUCAGGAACGUUUAGGGCUACAUUGUAAGUAUGAUCUGGAUCACUUCCUGUUUUUUUGUGCUCAGACAUUGUGUGCUUUGUUUGUUUGUUGACAGCUGCCACCGAAUCACUCGGACUUGAUCUUAUAUAAUGUCCUUUAACUCAUCUGAGAGUUUGAUCUAGUUUGCAGGACCAUUGUGAUAUGCCUUGUGAGCGCUUGUUCACAGUUAAACACUAUAAGUAUGUGCAAUGUAAGAUUUAUCGACGAAUAAAUAUAUUUG